GCUGCCCCUUCACCCCGAGCUCUGUGACCUUCCCAAGAUGGCGUCUUUCCUGUUCCAUUGGAGACGUCAGCAAAGGUUUUCUGGCCUCAGCGGCUUGGUCUCGGAUUGAAGGCGACAGUCAGCCUGGAGAGGAGGCGGGUCUGGAUGAACUCCUUGCUAUGAGAACUUCUUUGAAUAGAAAUGGAGAAGUUUGGUGUAAACUUUGGUGGCCCCAGUAAGAAAGAACUUUUGGAUACAAUUGAGGCACAGAAGAAGCAACUGUUCCAAUACCAGACACGUCUCAGAGAUGUCGUCCGUGCUUAUAAAAGCCUCCUCAAAGAAAAGGAGGCAUUAGAGGCCAGUUUGAAAGUCCUCUCUGUGUCACAAGAGGUCGAUAAAAGUUUGCAGAACUUAGGUCCUGGAAGUACAGCCUGUGAACCAGGAGAUGACCAAAGCUCAGUUCAUAGUGAGGACAGUGUGGGGACAAUGAAUAGUAUGGAUGCAGCAGCUAGUGCUAAAGGAGAAUUGAAUGAGGAAGACAAAGGGUCAGUGGAACAUGUGGCUGGAGGAAAUUUCUCCCCAAAAUCUGAAGAAGCUAAUGGUUCAGAAAGCGGCAUCAGUGUUGGGAGUGGUGAGCAGCAAAGCCACAGUGACACGGAUAAAAUUAUGCAGUUGAAGAACCAGUUGGCAACACUGACCAAUUCUUUGGCAACUGUCACACAGGAGAAAUCACGCAUGGAGGCCUCCUAUUUAACAGACAAAAAGAAAAUGAGGCAGGAGCUAGAAACGUUGACCCAAAGGUUUGAAGAAGGAAAUGCCAACUAUGAAGCAGAGAUUAAUAAAGUCCAGGAGCAGCUCGCAGAGGCCAAAGCUCGCAUUAUUACCCAGCAGCAUGAACGAAGUCGGGAACAGAGCGAUCAUGCCUCAAUGCUCCAAGAACUUCAAAUGUUGUUGCAGGAAGAGAGAGCUUUACGUCAAGAUGUAGAACUGAAACUAGAAGACACAAGGGAUAUGUUGACAACAAAAAGCCACGCAGCAGACAGGGUGGAUGACUGUGAGUCUCAAAUGAAGCAUCUGAGUCGGGAAGUAGAUGAGGUGAAGUGUGCAUUACGGCUUGCUGAAGAAGAGAAAACAAGACCAGACCCACGUGUAAAGGAAUUGGAGGAAGAAAUAAGUGAGACAAAAACUCGUUAUCAGGCACAGCUUCAACUGGAAAUAAAAAAGGCUGCUCAGGCACAGGAACAGCUACAUCAUUUGUCUCAAGUGGAGGAAGAACGGGUCGCAAAUUUGGAAAGCAGAGUCUCUGAGCUUUCUGAUCUCCUUGGCACUUACGACAAGAAUAAACAGAAAGACAAAAUGACAAUUUACAAAUUGAAGGAACGUAUAAUUCAGUUGGAUAUGGAAAAUAAGACAUUGGCUAUUGCUGCUUCCAACAGAGCCCCUUCAGAUCUAACAAUAGAUGAGUCAAAUCUUGAUGUUAAUAUUUUAAGGGACAAAAUGGAAAAGCUGAAGCGACUCCUAGUAUUGGCAAUCCAGAAGUCACAGGAGCCUUUGGAUGUAGAGAAGCUUUGUGAAGUUGAUAUGGCAGAAACACCUGAAACAUCAGAUGGUGAGAAAGCCUCCGCUUUCUAUUAUCAACAAGAGUUGAAACAGCUGAAGGAAGAGUUUGAACGCUACAAGAUGAGGGCUCAAGUUGUCCUCAAAAACAAGAAUGCCAAAGAUGGCAGUACAACCAAAGAGCUGGAGAGUUUGCGCGAACAGCUGGCAGAGCUGAAGGAGAAGUAUAUUACCCAGCGACUGGCUUUUGAUGAAAUGGAAACCAAACACAAAGCUGAGAUUGAAGCAAAAAAUCUAGACAUUAGCCAAUUCCAAGCAACUCACAAGAAAGAAAUAGAAAAGCUAGAGAGCCAAUGUCACGAGAGAGUUAUUAAACUGGAAGAAGAAAUGCACAAACACAGAGACAGAGCUCUUGCAGUCUUGGCUGAGAAAGACAGAGACACUGAAACCCUACGUUCAGGCUUUAGUGGGCUCCCUAAUCAUAGAACCUACAUUGAGAGCAGGUUUUGGUCUGAUGGGGAAGGUCCUGAGAAUAUAGAUCACCUUCAAGAAGAUUUCUGUCAAGAUAUUCUAAAGCAGACAGCCAAUAUUUCAGGAUCCAAUGAAACCACUUUUCUUCACUAUGCAGAACAGCUAGCUCGAAAGGAACUUGAGGUGACAACACUGAGAAAACAGAAACACCAAAUGGAAGCUGUGGUUCAUGAACUGGAGGACAGCCUUCUGAUGGAGAAGGAACGACACAAAGAAGUAGAAGAAGUUCUUCAAGAUGAGAUACAAAAACAUCUCAGGGACAAGAAACGUGAAGGAGCAAACCUAGAGUAUGUAAAAAAUGUAACAUAUAGGUUCCUAACCAUGCCAGAUACCCUUGGGCGCCAGCAGACAUUAACAGCUAUUCUCACAGUGUUGCACUUUAGUCCUCAGGAGAAGCAAAAUGUGAUGAAACAGCAGGCAAGCAGCUGGUGGGGUUCUGGCAAAAGAUGAUUUACACACAGUUUAUUCUGGACUAUGGUAAUUAUUAUUUGGUUAUUUAAUAGAAAAUGCACUUUUUCAGGUAUUUCUUACUAAUAGUUUUAUAGUGGGGCAUCUGUUUCUGUAAACACUAGCUGUACUGUAGCUUAGUGUCACUGCCAUUGCCAAAAAAUAAAAUCCUUCUAAUGCACAUCUAUCUGCCUAAUCUGGCAACAGUGCUCUAUUUCAUAAUGUAACAUUGGAAUAGUAUGUAAACUAGUUAUCUCUAUAUACCAAUUUGGAGAAGAUUAACGACAUAAACAACUCUUCAAAGAAACUAAACUUUUUAAAAUAAAGUUUCUCUAAGACCUUCAAAUUGUACUGCCAAGAAGUUUUGCUUUGUAAAAUAGCAUUCUUGUUUACAAAAUAAUCUGUUGUAUUUAUUAUGGGGACAAUACAAGAAGCUAAAGAAAGGGCUAGUUUAAUACCUUUCUUUUCCUAUUUCAUUCACUCCUGAUUCUUUUGCUGUGAAGAGUUUUGGCCCUGCACUGUUCAAUGCAGGCAUUUAAUUUGCUUUUCACAAAUGCUUUUUUCAAUGCAAUGAAAUAUAGUUCUUUUUCUGUGCAAAGAACAUUGCUAGGCUAAGAUAUUACCGAUGUUUCUCUCGCUCAACUUAGAUUUAGCAAAAUAAAGAAAUGCGGAUGCUGGAGAUCUGAAUGCACCCACAAACAAAAAUUGUUGGAGAAACUCAACAGGUCUGGCAGUAUCUGCAAAGAGAAAAACAGGUAAUAUUUCAAGUGUAAUGACCCUUCAGAGAUUCUCCUGAAUUUCUCCAACAAUUUCUGUUGUUUGUGUGUUUUAGAUUUCAAUCCUUUGUAUUGGAAUUUCGAUCAUCUAUUUUAAAAUCUCAUUUCCACAUGUGGUUCCUUAUCAUUCUCCUUUAAUUUCUAUUGCCUUUGAAGUUGUGCAAAGGGGAACGUGACAGAUUUGAGAUUUCCAAUGAAGUCUCCGCUAUCUUCCAAGAUCAGUUUGAUUAAUGAAGUGCCUUGGAAUGUUACACCAAACUAAAUGGUUUUGCAGAUGAUUGUUGAUUACCCAACCAAAGGAAAAAUGUAACUUAUAAACUUGCUGGGGUGCAUGAUACUGUUGGGCCAUCGUGCUUUGGUGACUCCUUUGAACAGCGAAUCAAUGAAUCCCACUUCCCGUUUAUUUUCCCAUACACAUCCAACUGUUCCUUUUUCAAGUAUUUAUCUAAUUCCUUUUUGAAAACUAUCAUUGAAACUCUUCCCACUAUUCUUCCAGAUUAUUAGCGGCAGUGAAACCCCUAUACGCAUGGCCUUUCUAACUUAGUACUCAACUUAAUUCUGGGGAGCGUUGCUGAACAAAGAGACCUUAGAGUGCAAGUUCAUAGUUCCUUGAAAGUGGAGUUGCAGGUAGACAGGGUAGUGAAGAAUGUGUUUGGUAUGCUUGCCUUUAUUGGUCAGUGUGUUGAAUAUAGGAGGGUAGGAUGUCAUAUUAGGGCUGCACAGGAGAUUCCACUUUUGGAAUACUGUAUCCAAUUCUGGUCUCCCUGCUAUAGGAAAUAUGUUGAAAUCUGAGGAAGG